CUUUUUUUGCAUAAUUCCAACUUAAUUGUGGAACUUCCCAUCAAAGGAUAAUUUUUGAUUCCUGGGUCGUGACAGAUUAUUACCUGUUUGCGUUCAAUGGGACGACGAAUUCACUUUGUGGUUGACCCUCAGGGUUGGUGCUGCAUGGGUCUGAUUAUCUUUGUCUGGCUGUACAACACAAUCUUCAUUCCAAAAGUCAUCCUUUUUCCUCACUAUGAAGAGGGACAUAUUUCAGUUCUUGCAAUUUUGUGUUAUUACUUCUGCUCAUUGUUUUGUAUAGCUUCAUUACUAAGAGCCUCAGUAGCUGAUCCAGGAAAGCUACCUGAAAACCCAAAGAUACCGAUUACAGAACGAGAAUAUUGGGAAUUAUGUAACAAAUGCAAUAUGAUGAGACCAAAGCGUUCACACCAUUGCCGUCGUUGUGGACAUUGUGUGAGGAGGAUGGAUCACCACUGUCCAUGGAUUAAUAAUUGUGUUGGUGAAGACAAUCAUUGGCUGUUUUUACAGCUGUGUUUCUACACUCAGAUCCUUAGUUCAUAUACGCUUAUACUUGAUUUCUGCCAUUACUACUACUUUUUGCCUCUGAAAAAAGAAAAUUGGGAUGUUUUUAUAUUAAGACACGAACUUGCUCUCCUAAGAAUAUCUGCCUUCAUGGGUAUAAUAAUGUUAGGUGGAAUAAGUGGACUCUUUUACACUCAGCUUAUGGGUAUUUUCACUGACACUACAAGUAUAGAAAAAAUGUCAAACUGUUGUGAAGACAUAUCGAGGCCCCGAAAGCCAUGGCAGCAGACCUUCUCAGAAGUUUUUGGCACUCACUGGAAGAUCCUGUGGUUUAUUCCUUUCAGGCAGAGGCAACCACUGCGAGUUCCCUACCACUUUGCCAAUCACGUCUAA